CUGAUCCAGCGCCAGACCGCCGGAGUGCCGCGCGUCCCCGGAGCUCCCGCCGCUCGGCACGGACGCUCUCCUCCUCUUCCCGCGCCUCCUCCAGCGCCUCCCGUUUCCCCGGCUCCGGAGGCAAGCAUGUUCUGCUUCUGCUUCCAGAGCUCGCUGCUGAAGCUGCAGGCUCUGGAGGUGGACCUGUGCUCCCCUCUGGGACCCUCGCCGGAGGACUCCGUCCCGCCGCCCAACCUGCCGCCCUCGCCUGGCGGAGGGGAGGUCAGCCCGGCAGCAGAAACCUGGCCUGUCCAGUGGGCCCCAGCCCCUGAGGGUGGGAGUGCGGAUAGCCAGCUGUCCCCCGGGCCCAGCCGGCUCUUGAGACACAUCACAGACGGGGACAGCCCCCUGCCCUCCCCUCGUUGUGCCAGCUUCACCCAGAGCCAACGCUUCAACAGUGACACAGAGGCCGCACCCUCCCCCCCCUGCUCCCAGCAGUUCAUCAUGGCGAGAGGCAUUGUGAGAACAGAGCCUGCAGAGGGCGCCAAAGACACAUUGUCAAUCCCCCUCCUCACCAGACACAUACAGACUGUGAAGAGGAAAAUCCGAAAAUUUGAGGAGAGAUUUGAGCAGGAGAGGAAAUACAGGCCGUCGCACAAUGACAAAACUGCAAAUCCAGAGAUGUUCAAGCUCAUGAAUGAGCUGGCCAGGUCUCGCAAGCAGCUAAAAGAUUUGAAGCUGAAACAGUCUGAAGCCGAGCUUCGAGAUGAGAGAAGGGUAGCGCUCACCGAAAUAUGCAGAUACAACAAUGACCAGCAGGGAGCGACAGAGCCACAGCAUAAACCCUGCUUGGAGGAGACAGUCGACGCCCUGCUGAAGAGAUUGCGGGAGAAGCGGCAGGCACUCGGUCUCCCAGACAACAUGAAGGAAAUGACCCAAAACCAAAUGGCUCUGGAGAAAAUGACUCUGCAGAAGUGUCUGUUGUACUUUGAGAGCCUGCACGGUCGCCCAGGCACCAAACAGGAGAGGAACUUGGUAAAGCCCUUGUAUGACAGAUACCAGAUGAUCAAACAGCUUCUGUGUGCCUCACCGUCCAUCACUACAAUUGAGGAAGAGGACGACUCAGAGGAAGACUACAUGCAGCGCCGCCCGGCCCUGUCCUGGAGGGCGACGUCUCCGGUGGCGGCGGACGAGUCUCCGUGUCCGCAGGAGGAGGACAGCGACACGGCCUUCGUGUCUCCGCUGGACGAGGUCAAAGCGGUCCGCCAGCCCGCCAUCACCAUGUCCAACCUGCACGAGGCCUCCAGGCCCGAACUGCUGGAGUGUCUGAGAGAAACCAGGGUGGAGAAGAGACGUCGACGCAAGGCACUCCGAGAGUUUGAGGAGCAGUUCUUCAGACAGAUGGGGAGGACUGCACAGAAAGACGACCGCAUCCCCAUGGCUGAGGAGUACCACGAGUACAAGAAUCUAAAAGCUAAGCUCAGAUUGCUGGAAGUCCUUCUCAGUAAACAAGAACCCUCCAAGGCCAUCUGAGAGAAAACCCUUUCCAUUUUUAUUUAUUUAUUUAUUUUUUCUUCAAAGGAAAUGCUAGGACAUGAACUUGAGUGUUUCAUAUUGGACAUUGUUGUGCCAUACUGACACUUUUAUGCACUUUAAUAACCAUCAUCUUGGUCUACACAGUUAUGAGGAUGGCAAGCUAGCCAGCUGUUGCUAUACAACCCAAAAUUCCCCUUGCCCUUUGUGACACGAAUGCAACGUACUGCACUAUGUAGCAACCAUUGUUAAGUGCUACUCUACGUAUUUUAAGGUCCAGAGAAAGAACUGAUGUUUGUGUGAAAAAAUGUAUACACGUCUAUGCUAAAAUAUGGCACUUUAUUAUUACUAUUUAUAUAUUUUUAAAUAAAAACCAAAAUAACAUGCAGCUUUAUCAGAUCGGGUCGCAGUUCAAAAGGUGUCUAAUUCUAGUAUCCUUAAGUAGUACUGACUUUAAAUCGAUAAUAUCGAAAAUACAAUAUUGAAAUGCUCAGAUUUGCUACUCUACCAUAGGAAAUUGUCUUCUUCCUCAAUGCUAUUCAAAUUCAUUCGUUCUGGCCACACCAAUUAAGUCUUGCCAGAAAAUAAGCACUUCCCAUAACAUCAAUUGGUGCCAGUAUUGAAUCCCCCUUAUCAACAAGUAAUGGCCUGAAGAAAAUAAACAUGUCAUUUAUGGAGACCAAAUAAUGAGUUAUGUAUAGACAAACAGCCUGAAAAUCAAUUAGGCUAACAAUAAACUGUCUGCUGUCUGUUAAUAAAUGGGGUAGGCCUUGCUUUUUAAAAGCAUUCUUUCAGCACUCAUUCCAAAUAGGCUGUAUAAGUCCAUAAAAUACAAUUGAUAAUUCUUUACAUCACAGUCUGGGCAUUUUUAUAGUUUUAUUUUUAAAUAUCUGGAAUGUAGCUGUAAUAUGGUCAUGAUUUUUGUGAGCAGCAUUUUAUUAGUAUAAUACUUCGUACUGUGAAAUAUGCGAAACAUUGAAGGGCGCACAGAAGCUAUGCUCACGUGAUGCUUUCUGUUAAGUGCAAUUCUGCUUGAGAAGCUUGUCGUUCAGAAAACCCACAAUCUAAAUUAUUACAACGGAAAUGUAUCUAUAACAUAUAAUGGCGAAUAACGUUAAACCGUUCCCAAUGAGUGUCUCUGCAUGCCAAUUAACUAUUAUACUGUUAAGUUGUUGUGCUACAAUCAAUGUGGUUGAGAAUGUUCUGUUUUCUAUGGCCCAAAUUUGAUUCGUUAUGGUCUAACACCCUGUUAAAUUAACACACCUCUUUUUGUCUUAAAGAGGGCUUGUGUAUGUUAGCUUAUUAGUGCACGUAAUUCAGGCAAUGUCUGUAUUUCAUUUCCCUUUUUUUUGUUUUUGCUUGGAAGGUGUUUUCCCCCCAAAAAUCGACUCAUUGCUAUGAUCUGAAUUGUUGAUAUUGUGCACUUUUGAUUUGUUCAUUUUCUAUACAAUGGUAAAAAUAAAUAUUUUUCUAUCACAUUUA